GUGCGGCUCCACACAUAGACAUUUAUCCACACAUAGACACAUAUACGGCUCCACAUCCACCGAAACAAGUGCGUCAGAGCCGCGUAGAAACGCUGCUCAUUCCCCCCGUCCUCCCUGUGACUCAUCCCCACCAGUGGAGCCGCUCGAAACAAAUAUGUGGAUUACUCUGUAAAAAAAAUAUCGAAUUUCUUUUCUUAUUCAACACCUUAACCGAAUCACCUAUAAACCAAAAGCUCGUGUCACACCGACACUAGAGUCCCAUUCAUUUUGAGUCUUUAUCCAACCGAGCCUUUGGAGCGAAGUUUGGAAAAAACUAUAAAAACGACUCCCUCGUCGUCGAUACCCCCAAGGACUCUGUUACAAAUAUUUGGCCCUGACAGCAGUUUUUGUCAUGAGUGAACAGAGUAUCUGCCAAGCACGAGCAGCUGUCAUGGUGUAUGACGAUACCAACAAGAAGUGGGUUCCAGCUGGUGGCACCACGGGCUUCAGCAGAGUCCACAUUUACCACCAUACAGGCAACAAUGCUUUCCGGGUAGUGGGACGAAAAAUCCAGGAUCAUCAGGUGGUGAUCAACUGUGCCAUUCCCAAGGGGCUGAAGUACAAUCAAGCCACACAAACCUUCCACCAGUGGCGGGAUGCAAGGCAGGUCUUUGGUCUCAACUUUGGCAGCAAGGAGGAUGCAAACGUAUUUGCCAGUGCCAUGAUGCACGCACUGGAGGUGCUCAACUCACAGGACACAGGCCCCACAUUACACAGACCAGACCCACAGGUUCAGAGUGGCCCAGCACAAGAGGACAUUGAGUUGCACAGGAGGCAGCCUCAGGAUGUGCAAAAGCAGAAGGAGAUUGAACAUCAAGAACUGGAACGUCAGGAACGGGAGCGCCUAGAGCAAGAAAUGCUCGAGCAGAAGGCAAGGGAGCGACGAGAGAAGGAGGCAGAAGCAGGGAGAGAACGACUUGAAAGGGAGCAGAAGGAGUGCUUGGAGCAUGAAUUGAUGGAAAGGGAGAAAGCAGAGAGAGAAUGGCCAGAGAGGGAGCAGUUGGAGCAUAUGAACAAAGAGCAGCAAGACUGGGAGAGAGGGAGGCGCAUCUCCAACGCUGCCUUUGAAAGCACACUUAACACUUCCACACCCCAGGAGUAUGGCAGGACAUCCUCCACACCUGUAUCUCCAUCCACACCUACUUACCAGGCUUCUGGAACACUCUCACCCACGGCACCCCCAACUCCACCUCUCAGGCACUCAGCCUCUCGAUUUGCCACAUCACUCGGUUCUGCCUUCCACCCCGUUCUGCCUCAUUACGCCACAGUUCCAAGGCGACAGCAGGCCUUUUCACAACCCCCAGCUCCUGCCCCCGCCUCAACUCCUCCCACUGCACACAAGUCUGUGGUGUGGUCAGCAUGCAACUUCACCCCUUUGCCUCCGUCACCCCCAGUCAUGAUAAGCAGCCCACCGGGGAAGGCUACGGGUCCACGGCCUCUCAUUCCAAUCGCUGCACCUUCCCCUCUCAGCCAAAAGCCCCCAUCACCAUCCCCAACCGGACCGCCUACAUUCCCCGCACCUUCUCCCGUCACCAUCCAACACAGUCACGUCCCUCUUGGCAUCACCUGCCCAUCACCACCUCCACCCCCCACGCCUCCCCCUCUCCAUUCGCCCAUGGCUCGCACUCUCCCGUCACCCAUGACACCCCCUACAUCUUCCUCCUCCGUCUCGUCUCCCCCCUCCUCAUUCCAGGCUCCUGGUGUGCCCUCUCCCUCCACAGUGCCCCAUGCUACUGCAACUUCUGCAACCUCUGCUUCUGCUGAGCACCUCUCCCUCCCUGUGGGUAUGAGCCGAUUGGGGCCAGGGGAGCCGGACACGGCCGCAGGCCCAGAGCCAAGGCCCGAUCAUGGGGGCUACUCCUGUCAGCCUGUGCCCCAGGCCGACGUGUUGCAGCCGAGCGCGGGGUUGAGCACCCCCACUCCGCCUCCACCUCCGCCGCUGCCACCCGGCUCCACUGUGACCGCUGCAACCACCGCCCCGGCCGCCACUCCCACUAUCCCCGCUGGCCAUCCUCCUCCACCCCCUCCUCCUCCGCUCCCCCUGUCUCUGACUGCAGUCAAGACCCCCCCUCCUCCACCAGGCCCAGCUCCUUCUCCCGGCGCCCCACAACCUCCUCCAGCACCUCCUCUUCCUCCUGGACUGUUUUCUCCUGCGGAGGACCGACCCCUCUCCGGUUUCGCUGCCGCUCUUGUUGGAGCCAAGCUGCGCAAAGUGCCAUGGACUGAUGAUGCAGGAGCAGCUCUCAUAGCACCCAUGCUGUCAACUGUAGGUGCCACAGGGGCCAAAUCUGAGACGAGAGGGAAUGGUCCUUUGUCUGGAGGAGGAGGACUUAUGGAAGAGAUGAGUGCCUUGCUGGCCAGGAGAAGAAGAAUUGCAGAGAAGGACUCUUCACCUGAACCUGACCAGAGAUCCGAGGAGGGAGAGAUAAGUAUAACUCCUAAAAUGUCGGCUUGUAGCACACCAGACAUGCCCAGAAAGCCAUGGGAAAGAACAAACACUAUGAAUGGUAGCAAAUCUCCAGUUAUUGGAAGAUCUAAGUCCACUCCUACACCAACUGUAUCUUUUAGUGCCAAUGGUGUACCAGGAGAAGCUGUUGAUUAUGAUAGACUGAAACAGGACAUUCUUGAUGAAAUGAGGAAGGAGCUUUCAAAACUAAAAGAAGAACUUAUCGAAGCAAUCAGGGAGGAGCUCGGCAAGUCCAGCACAGCGUAGACGAUCCAGGCUGAUUGUUCACGACAUCUGCAUCCCUGUGACCGGACACACAACCAAUUGUCCAUUUAGGACAACUUUACAAAGGAGAACAGAAAUAACAAAACAGUGGAGAUUGUGAAUAUGACAAGCAUAUAAUUACACAGAGAGGAGAGCAUUUGGAUGAAAACAGCAUCAAACAGAGUAGCAGUGGAUAGGGUGGUAAGAGGCUGUGACUCGGAGAGGCCAUUUGGGAAAACCUUGUGUUCACAUUGGUCUCUGAAACCUCUGCCUCCCACGUCCUGCCCCAGCUGAGGUUAUUACUCCUGGAGAACAGUGCAGAGUUUGCCAGACGAUCGAAUGUAUUUAUGCAAACAUGGUGUCCCUUUGUUUGUACCACAAUAACAAUAAAAGAAGUGCAAAUAAAUUCAACUUUUCACUGAUUAAUCAUUAGUAAACAGAACAGUGUUGAUGCUAAAGAUCAGAACUCUUGUGAUUUAUGAUCAGAGAUUUGUUAAGAGAGUAUAGAAAAGAAAAAGUUGGGUAUGGUAAAACUGCUCUAGGGGUAGCGUGCAUGCGCCUGUGCAUUCAUGGGUGUGUGUGAGCAAGUAUGAGCGACUCUGGGCUUCUGCUGUAGCUUCCCACUGCAGGAUACUGGAAGCUGUGGCUUCCUCAAAUGAUGGCAUUUGAAAAACUAUUUGAGUGAAAUGAUCACCUAUGUAUGCUCCAAGAGAGAUUUUUGAGUAUAACAAGUAGCUUAUUAAUCUAGUCUUUACAAAGAUCACUAUUUUGCCAGAAUCAUAAUCAUAAUUGAUUUUUUUAUGUAUUCAAAAGUAGAUGUUUUCCACUCAGUUAUUUGUGCUGGAGAGUCUGACGGUCACUGCGUAUCACUUGGCAAUCAACAUAAUUAUCUUCUACACUUGUCAUACAGUACAUACUAAUUAACCAUAACUACACAUGUUCAUAGAACUAUCUUUUAUUGGGUGUAUUGAUUUUAAUUAUUUCAUUUCAUCCUUUUAUUGCAGUCUGUCAUAUUUAUGUGAGUAUGUGAUUUCAGUUUUGCAAUAGAGAAAAGGUCACAAGUUUGCCACAAAACUGAUUUAACUGUCACAAAUGUAUUACAACCAUCAAGUGUAGCAUUUUUUAACAGGCAACCUGUCCCAUCCUUAAACCACCACAUAUUUUCACUGUCAGUCUGUCUUUAUGGCCUUCCUUUUACAUGGUGUUAAUGACUUUCAGCUGUGUGACAGAUUUUCUGUGAAAUUAAAGGCUUAUGUAGACGAAUAAAGGCAACAAACAAUGUAUAUUUUUUUCUUCUUUUACACCCAGAAUACUGUUUAUUUAGUCAAAUAUUUUACUUUUUUUGAACACAGUGAUAAGACAAAACUUUUGAAAGCUUAACCAAACAACCCCUAUGUAUAAUUGAUGUGCAUGAAGGAUACAUAUGUACCGCUUAUCCUUUCACUAGUGCUUAUCAAUGAUGUUUGUUUAAUAAUUUUCUUUGCCUUUUCCUCCUGCUGUUGUGAAAUCUAAUGGGAAACUGUAUUUUGCUUGUGCUUUUAACAAAAAAAGUUAGCUAUCAUGUUGCUGUCAAAAGCCAUGUUGGAGUUCUCCAAUCUUACUGCCUGAAUGAGAUACUGAGAAGUUUCAAAAAUGCAAUCAUACCUCAUGAAUAACUUAUAGCUACCUACAUUGGGAUAUGGAAGGAGAAAUGUCAGACUUCUAAGUAGAUUCCAGAGUGAUGUAAAUGGUUUUGGGUCUUUUUUCAAACUUAUUAAUUUUUUUGACUUAGUUCUUCCAAACAUCAAUCUCGAGAUUGUUUUUCCUUG